AGUCUUCUGCUUAGCAGGUGUCAAGUUCCAGUUGGAGAACUGAGCGAGUCUUCCUGUAGAGCCAAGGUCUAAUUCCUCUGGACAAACGCCAAGAUGUCUCAGCAGGGCGCCAAAGGCUUUUCCAAAGGGUCUUCCCAGAGUUCCGCCCCUUGCCCCGCCCCUACUCCUGCCCCCGCGUCCUCCUCCUCAACUUGCUGUGACGGUGCUUGUUGCAGAGGCUGCGGAGGCGGCUGCGGUGGUGACUCCGGCUGCGGCUGCUGUGGCUCCAAUUCCACCGGCUGCUGCUGCUUUCCCAGGAGACGCCGCCGGCAGCGCACUAGUGGCUGUGGCUGCUGCGGAGGAAGCCAAAGGUCUCAACGCUCCUGCAACAAUCAGAGCUCAGGCUGCUGCUCCGGUGGCUGCUGAGAGCCCACAGAGCUGCUCCGGAAAAGCUCUCACCCAGUCCUCCAUAGUAGUAACAGGCAGGACCGGCCUAGGAAUUUGGUUCCCCUUAAGCUAACUGCACUUUGAUGGUCAGAAACUUCACCCUGUUCUUAGAUCUGUCCUCUAAUGUUGAUUUUCCUCCCAGGGAAUACAAGUCAGGGAUGGGACCUCAGAUGCUAUGGGUAGGAGGUUGUGCACAGCAGUGUUAACAGGCCAACUGAUUUGAUUGUCCCCUGGAGACAUCAUAAUAAAGCUUCUACCUCCUA